AUAUAUAUAUAUUUGUUCAUUUAGUUUAUCCCUGCAGCAAGUAGCGGGUGUCAUCCUAUUAUAGUGUAAAUUCGCCAACUCAUCAAGAUGAAAUAUAUUAUUCUAGUGCUAGCUAUUGCAGCGGUAGCAGUAGCAAGACAAUACAGCUCUAGGCAUGACAACAUGGAUAUUGAGACUUUAGUCCGCAAUCCGAAAUACAUGAAAAUGUCCGUAGAUUGCUACCUUGAUAAAAAUAGAUGUCAAAGAACAACAGGCACACUCAAACGAGCAAUACCAGAGAUUGUGCAGACUUCAUGUGCGAAAUGCACACCCACACAGAAACAUAUUUUAAGAAGAUAUAUUGAAGAACUGAAGAAGCAGUUGCCCGGCGACUACCAAGCUUUCAGAAAUAAAUAUGACCCCAAUGGAAUUAACUUCGAAAAUUUAGAAUCGGCCAUUGCUAAUUCCUGAUUGGAUACUUUAUCACUUAUUAACCUAAUAUUCAUUAUCAUUAAAAAA